UUAUAUCAAUCGUAUAACGUGUUUUGAAAAAAUGAUGCGAUUUAAAUUAAUUAUAUUUCUUUCUAUAUUAAAUAUUCUAAUAUUAACAAUUAAUGCAAAAAAUGAAGAGUAUAUUGGUUAUAAAGUAUAUAAUGUGAAAUUAAAUAGCACAGAACAAGAAGAUAAUUUUUAUAGAAUUAAAAAUGAUUUUAUUGAUUAUUGGCGCAAACCUUCGUUUAAAUAUAAUACCAUAGGACAUGCUAUGGUUCCUCCCGCACAGGCGACAUGUUUCGAAGAAAGACUUGAUGAACUUGGUCUAGCUAAAGAUAUUUACAUUGACGAUGUUUACAAGUACCUAUUAGCGAGAGAGGAAACUUCUAUGGAUAUAUCAAGGAGUGAUAACACAUUUAGCUUUAACGAUUACUAUCGUUAUUCACAGAUAUUAGAUUACAUCAGAACACUUGAAGCAACAUACGAAAAUUCAACGAACAUAAACUUAAGUGUAAUAGAAGCCGGAACAACCGCUGAAGGAAGACCUUUAGUAUACAUUAAAUUAACAAACCAAACUCCAAUGAUGAACAAACGUAUUAUAAUUAUAGAAGCAGGAAUCAAUCCAAGACAAUGGAUUACUAUCCCAUCAUCACUGAAUAUUAUCCAUAGGUUAAAAGACAGUAAUAAUACUAGAUUACUUAAUGAUUUCGAAUGGAUAUUCAUUCCUGUAUUAAAUCCUGAUGGAUAUGAGUAUACCCAUACAAAUCUACGUUUAUGGACAAAAUCAAGAAGUGCAAGCAGUAAUUUAGGCGCUAUAUGUCCUGGUGUGAAUAUAAAUCGUAACUUCAAUAUCGAUUGGCUUAAUUCAGACUCAAGUUCUAGUCCAUGCAGCCAUCUAUACGGUGGUAUUGAGUCAUUUUCAGAAGUCGAAAGCCGUUUAAUACAAUCAUUAUUAGAAGAAUAUGGAAACAGAACGAGUGCUUAUAUUUCGUUACAAAACAAUGGUGGUUUUAUAUCAUAUCCUUGGCAAUAUGAAAGAGCAGCUAGUGGAUUGUUUGCACAACAUCAUAUUUUAGGAAUGAAAAUGAUCGAAGCUAUGGUUGAUAAUUACGAAUUGGAUAUAGCAUCGGUGGCUUACGGAGAUAGAGCGUCAGGAACAAGUACAGAUUAUAUGAGAUAUAAUGGAGUACUUUAUACGUUUAAUAUAGAUGUUGUACCAAGAGGUCAGGAAGGUGUUGUUGUGCCUAGAGAAGAAAUACAAAUCAUAGCUGACGAUGUAUGGAGAGCUGUAUCAGUUCUUGCUGAAAAUUUGUUAUAA